AUGCCAUCAAAAAAUGGUGCGAUAUCAUUGCGCGCUGAAGAUGUCUUUGAUAUUUUUGGUCUAGAGAACAAGGGCAGAGAUGCCAUGAAAGCUUUAGGUAAAGGGGGGUUAAAGGAGAAGGUGAAGGUGCCGAGUCAUUUCAUAGAUUCCAGUACGAAUGAAAUAAUGAUAGACCAGCUUAUUCAGGACAUCACUAGCAGUGGCACGUAUGAUGAUGAUUUCCUGCGUCGAAUUGUGUUGGUUCUCCUUGGCACGGUUCUUGCACCGCACUCCACGAUAGAAGUUCCUAAUGCUUUUUACAAGUUAGUGGAGGAUGUGGAGAGCAUCAAAUCAUUAAACUGGAAUGCAUUUACUUUACGCUACAUGUUUUGGGAGAAAGUGCAGCCACUCGAUGGGGAGACAUUUAAUCCACUAGCGCAUGAAUAUCCGUUGAUGCUUAAAUGGAUAGAAGAUGAGGCUCUUAAGCGUGACGCGUACGACACAUCGUACGGGCGCGGGAAUGGGAAUGUUGAUGACAUAAUAAAUGAGAGAUACAGGUACGCAUUAAUUGCUCGAGAAGGGAAACUUCCAGAGGAAGAAGUUGAGCCAAAAGAUCGAACAGGACGUGCCCGAACAAAGAAAGAUAAUAGAGACGAGGCUUCGUCAAGUAGGGAUACUACCUUAGAUCAAGUGAUGAAAUGCAUCAAAGAUAUGCAAAAAGAAAUUCAUCUUCUCACUGGAAAAUGUGCUGAGAUAGUAGUGGAGAAACUGAAGAAAGAAGGUCUUGUCUUCAAUCGAAACAGGGGGUCUGGUGAUGAUGUUGAGUUCGUGGAGCAUAGUGAAGACUGGAUGGGGAAGUAUCGUCCAUCAAAAUAUUGGACAUAUGUAAAAUCAACUCCUCAAAAAGAAGAAAUGGAGGCAUCCUUCACCAUGGGUUGUAAUGGGAAGAAGUCAGCGCGUGAGAAAGGUGUGCAUCACACCACACCCGGUACAGGAGAUGAAGGCGACCCCUUCGUUAUUGAGGAGAAUGGUAAUUCACCCGACCCAUCUCUAGCAAUGGUAGACACAAAUGACUUUCCAGAUCUUACUGCAACCCCCAAGAAUAUAAAUACAAUGUCAGACGGGUCUACCGCCGAUAAAUCUGAGGAGAUUAGUAUGGAUAGUCUGAACACCCGUAUUAAAAAUGCGAAAGAGAGUGGCACUAAGGAGAAUGAUGGGAAACACAAGAGGAAACAGUCAAAAUACUGUCUUUCACCCUACCAGCAGAACGGUGGACGUAAACGUGCAAAGAAAAAUCUGUUUGGUAUAAGAGCCGCUAUGAUUAAUACCGAUUACAUUAAUGACGAACACAUAGAGGCCGCGACGGUUUAUAUCCAGACACUAGCACGCUCGGAGAAGCUUUGUACGAAAACUGUCGUGCACAUGACGGGAAUUGCUGGGGAAACAUGUACACCUCAUAUGCUUGAAGCCAUCAUUUCUAAAAAGUGGGUGCAUGGCGCUGUCAUCAAUAGUUAUUGCAACUAUAUGCAGACCCAUAAUCCUCGUGCUGACCGUCACAUAUUAACAUCUUGGGUGUCCCAUUGGCUACUUCUUCGUGCUGAUGGAAAGGUUAAGAACUCUAAGAAACAUUUUAUGGAACAUUUCACAAACCAAACUAAAAUGGUUUCUAGAGUUACUGAAGAGUAUUUCAUCAAAGAUAAGGCAUACUUUCCUUUUCAUGUGGAAGAAAAUCAUUGGAUAACAGUUCUCAUGCACAACAAGAAAAAAGAGUUUCAAGUUUUAAAUUCUACUGGUAAAUGCAGCAACAUAGUUCUUGCAAAGAUUACUAUGCUGAGGGCAGAAAUAGCUAGAGAUAUGAUGGAGGUGAACACCCUUAUAAAUACGGAACAUCCUGACGUAUCUUCCUGGCCAAUAAGGGAGUAUAAAAUGCUGUUACAAAAGGAUGAAUGCAACACGGUGGAAGCUGUGAAAGAGAAGAUUCUGAAGAUCAUGGACAAGAAAUGA